AUGGGUAAGGCAGGCAAGGGAACAGGAUCCUUUGGUAAGCGAAAUGGGAAGAGUCAUUUUCUUUGCAUAAGAUGUGGAAAGAGAAGUUAUCAUUUACAAAAAAAAAGAUGUGCUUCUUGUGGCUACCCUAGUGCUAAAAAAAGAAAAUUUAACUGGUCAGUAAAAGCAAAAAGAAGAAAUACAAUGGGUACUGGUAGGUUAAGAUAUAUUAAAACUUUGAGAAGAAAACUGAAAAAUAAAUUCCCUGAGGGAAGUACACCAAAACCUAAGCAGAGAUGA